UUGAAGGUUGUCGGAGGACGACGUUCUGAUACAGGUCGACUCGGUGCAUUCAUAACACGAGUUAAAAGUGGCUCUGUCGCAGAUACCGUUGGACGGUUACGAGCUGGUGAUGAAGUGUUGGAGUGGAAUGGACAUCAACUGCAAAACGCAACAUUCGAUCAAGUUUAUGAGAUCAUAAGCUCAUCGAAGAACGAUAAUCAAGUUGAGCUAAUUGUCUCUCGUUCGGCAAGGUCAGCCGAUUUCUUUCUAUUUUAUCGAUCGGACUCCUUUGAAAUCAUUUUUACUUGA